CUCUGUCCUCGCGGCAGUCUGACGCCGGUCGCGCAGUCAGCAUGGCUGGAUUUUCAUCGGGUUUUUCGCCGGUUCUACCGUGAAAGCGGCGAGCGCAGUCGAUCGUUCCUCCUCGUGUCAGUGUUGCGUGCCGUGUGUCCAUCCUCGAACUGUUCUCCGAUCGCCGCAGACGCCGGGACGAGAACAGGACGAAUAAAGAGACGCCAGAUGCUCGGACCUAACCUCUAAAAGAGAUGAACCAAGACGUGGCUCUCGUUACGCUGCCGCGGUGACACGGGUCUCGUAUAGUUUUUUUAUUAGAAUCUUAUUCCAGUGUCUCUCGCUGUGUUGUUUUUAUCUUGUCGCGGUAAAUUCCGGGUUUUGUCGUGACCGCGCGUAAAGUGCGUCGCGUGACAGCUAUCGUGUGCCUGCUCGAGGCGAACGCGGAAAGAACAAAAGCCAGCGGAAAACUACUAUACACCCUGACGCGUGAAUGACGGACGAUUCGGUGACGUUCCGAACGCGCAAGAAGAACGAAGAUUAUAAGGUAACGGUGGGAGAGAGAAAGGAAGAGAGAGACAAAGAAAGAGAGAAGAGAAAGGGUCGCGGUCUGAGAAAAGGGACGCGACAAGAGAUCUUGACCGGAGAAGGGAAAGAAUUCUCAGAAAGCCCGUUUCCACGAAGCCGCUACUCACCACUGUUUUCGAGUCGCAGCGCAGCCUCUUCCCUGGAAUCGACGCGCCCGCGUCAUCGACUCCCGUCUCGGGGCGAGGGAAUCCAGAGGCGACGCUGCAUGAAACGAGAUCGAUACGGCCGAUAGGGGUAACGCUUUGAAAAUCGUUCCAGCCAGGAAGCAUCGCAGCUUUCCAUCGUCUCUAAUUGACAGCUGGAGGGGAGAAGAGGUCAGGAAAGAAAGAACGAGACGCAGAAGUCAAGAGGGAGAAACCGGGCGGAGAGGCGGGACGAAGGGUCGAAAUUUACGAGUGAACAGGUUUGCUUGCGCUCGUCUAGGAGCUCUCUGCCAUCUUGGGCCAGUCGUGAGCCAUAACAAAUGGUACGUUGGUAAAACCAGCUUAACUCCCGGCAAAACCGGAAACAAAAUCUGGCAAAGGUAUCAACGUUUGAAAAAUUUCAUCGCUUUAAACAGUUGUUUACGCAAUGGUGAUAUGUCAUCGAAACUUAGAAAGAACCUGAUUUUCUCGCGCAAGAAUCAGUGAAAGGAUGUGCAGGAUUUGUAAAAUAGAUUGUUAAGGAAGCCGAAGUGUAAAUAGAGAAUAGAGAAUAUAUCGGCCAAAUGGGUUAAAGGCGAUCGCGCGAUGUACGCGCGAUGGUCGCAAAAUGAUCGCGUUGCCCUCGUGGAAACGCAACAAGUGGCGAUCUUAUCCGUGAACUAUCAUCGAUGUCAUCCGAAAGGCAGUCCGGCGGGUUCGAUCCAGGACCCCGUUCUUUUAAUCUGAAAGAGUUCUCAAAAUCCCUGUCAAAGAGCGUCGACAAACUUCCCUGAUCGCAACAAAAUUUCGCACGAAGACGAAGUCAUCGUAAGCUGGCGUUAAUCUCGUACGAAGACGAAGUCAUCGUAAGCUGGCGUUAAUCUCGCACGAAGAAGCUCAAAGCUUUAUUCGUAUUGAUCCACGGAGAUCGUUUGAUGAGAGUUCGACGACUAUGAGAGCCGAUGUCCGGCGACAGAGAGAAGAGGAAGUCCUCGUUUCCGAAAGUGAGGAACGUUUGUGGUCGCGGCGCUGUGGCAGGAUUCACAGUCCGCGUUUUCACCGGGUGAGAGGGACGUAAUCUGAGAGACACAACGGUGCCGUUCGUCGGAUGAGACGAUGGUGAUCAAGAUUUCCGCGGUCGAGGCUGGCGUUCCCUUGUUAAACGCCGUCGGUCCGCGUUGCGUCGUGAAACAAGCGACGGUGAAGCGAUGCGUCGCGGCGUUGCUCCUCAUCUCCGUCGCGAGCAUAUUCUACUACACCCACUACAUCAUCAGCAGCCCGCUGUCCAGUCUGAUCCAUCGGGAUACAAGGCCAGAACCAGCGAUCAGUUGUUCAACGUUGAGGGGUGCGACGAGGCUACCCUCUGCACCGGAUCACCGCAGCGAGGCUCGUUUGAGAACAGACUCGAAGGUGUUGGUCUUCGUGGAGACGCUCUAUUCCAUGCUGGGCAAGCACAUCGCGGAGCUGCUCGUCGCCAAUCGAAUAAAGUACAAGCUGGAAGUGGCCGGCAAGUCGCUGCCCGUGCUUACGAACCUAGACAAGGGUCGUUACGGGGUACUGAUCUUCGAGAACCUGAACAAGUACCUGCAGAUGGACAAGUGGAAUCGCGAAUUGCUGGACAAAUAUUGCAGAGAGUAUUCGGUGGGCAUCGUCGGGUUCGCGCCGUCGGGAGAAGAGAGCCUGGUCGGUGCGCAACUCAAGGGCUUUCCUCUUUUCGUCCAUACCAAUCUUAGACUAAAGGAUGCACAGCUGAACGCUGCGUCUCCCAUCCUACGAUUAACCAGAUCCGGUGAAACAGCCUGGGGACCACUUCCUGGCGGUGACUGGACCAUUUUUCAAGCGAAUCACAGCACCUACGAGCCGCUGGCUUGGGCGCACCGGGACAGCCUGGAUUAUCCGGCCAACAAGAGCCCUUUGGCGACCGUCAUUCAGGAUCACGGCAGGUUCGAUGGAAUUCAAAGAGUGUUUUUCGGUGGUGGUCUACGUUUCUGGUUGCACAAUCUGUUACUCCUGGACUCGCUGUCGUAUCUGUCGCACGGCCAGCUGAGUCUCAGCCUGAACCGCAUGAUCCUGGUGGACGUCGACGACAUAUUCGUCGGCGAGAAGGGCACCAGGCUUAAAAAGGACGACGUGAUGGCGUUGCUGGCUACCCAACAGAGGAUACAGGCUUUGGUGCCGGGCUUCAAGUUUAACUUGGGGUUUUCCGGGAAGUACUUCCAUCACGGAACCGCAGAGGAGAAUUUGGGGGACGACUUGCUUCUCGAGAACGUCGACAGAUUUAUGUGGUUUUCUCAUAUGUGGAAUCAUCAACAACCUCAUCUGUACGAGAAUGUAACACAUUUACAACUGGACAUGGCGUUGAACAAGCAGUUCGCGAAGGACCACGGGAUACCAACGGGAAGCGGUUACAGCGUAAGUCCCCAUCACUCCGGCGUUUAUCCAGUUCACGAAGGGUUGUACGAGGCGUGGAAAAGGGUGUGGAACAUCAAAGUCACCAGCACGGAAGAGUAUCCUCAUCUGAGGCCGGCCCGAUUAAGACGGGGCUUCAUCCACCGUAACAUAAUGGUCCUGCCGAGGCAGACGUGUGGUCUUUUCACGCACACGAUCUUCAUCAACAAAUAUCCAGGCGGGAGGGAAAAACUGGACAAAUCGAUACAGGGUGGAGAACUGUUCCAGACCAUCGUACACAAUCCUAUCAAUAUUUUUAUGACGCACAUGUCGAAUUACGGGAACGAUCGUCUGGCGCUAUACACGUUCGAAUCGGUAAUUAAAUUCAUUCAAUGUUGGACGAAUUUGAGAUUGUCCAGCGCUCCGCCUCUCCAACUCGCCGAAAGGUAUUUUCAACUAUAUCCCGAGGAAGCUGAUCCCGUGUGGGGUAACCCAUGCGACGACCAAAGGCAUCAGAAAAUCUGGUCGAGGAACAAAACCUGCGAUCAGCUGCCCAGGUUCCUGGUAAUCGGGCCACAAAAAACCGGCACCACCGCUCUCUACACUUUCCUGUCCAUUCAUCCCGCGAUAAGCAGCAAUCUGCCCAGCCCUGACACGUUCGAAGAGAUUCAGUUCUUCAACGGCAAGAAUUAUUACAAGGGACUCGACUGGUACAUGAGCUUCUUCCCGGCGAGAACGAGAGAAUCAAAGAACGAUUCUCGAUUCCUGUUCGAAAAAUCUGCCACAUACUUCGACGGGGAAUUAGUACCUCGGAGAGCACACGCGCUUCUGCCAAAAGCGAAACUAAUCACCAUAUUGCUUUCGCCGGCGAGGCGCGCUUACUCGUGGUACCAGCACACGCGAGUUCACGGAGACGCCGUGGCUAACAAUUACUCCUUUCACUCGGUUAUCACCGCGAGCGAUACCGCACCGAAACCAUUACGCGAUCUCAGAAACAGAUGCUUAAAUCCCGGGAAAUACGCGCAACAUCUGGAGAGGUGGCUUACCUAUUACUUGCCUCAGCAGCUGCACAUCAUAGACGGCGAGCAGUUGCGUCAAAAUCCUGUCGAGACGUUGCACGAGCUACAGAGGUUCCUCAAGAUCACUCCUGCUUUUAAUUAUUCGUCCCACUUGAGGUACGACCCGAAAAAAGGAUUCUUCUGUCAAGUUACUAAUGAGGAUCGGACGAAGUGCCUCGGCAAGAGCAAGGGUCGUCAGUAUCCCCCAAUGGAGGAUAAAUCUUAUAAAUUGUUACAGAGAUAUUAUUUGUCGCAUAACACGGCCCUAGUAAAAUUGUUGAAGAGACUGGGACUGAGGACGAUACCUCAAUGGCUGAAGGAAGAUCUCACCGACACGGUGAUGACCUAGCAAACGUCGAUCACCUGAAACGAUACCGUUUCCGAGUUGUUUAUCUCGACGAUGAACGAGAUUCACCGAUUGCUAGCCGAAGACCUGUAAAAUAAAUUGUACAUUUGCUGUGUGUACAUGUACAUAUUCCAGUGGAUUCCGGAAGGACCAUUGGCCGGCCUAUCUCUGGCCUACGAGAUCGGUGAGGAAUGAAACUAGUCACUGUCGCGGUUGUACGGUGAUCACCGUAGCUGUCGAUCGUUGUUAAGCCGAUAGCGCUAUUAUUAACGUUAUAAUUAUUAUCGUCAUCGUUGUUGCGUCGUAGAAGACAUGAAUUAUUAAAAGUACAGUCCGCUCGCUGGUGCCAUCGUCCGUCUAUUAGACGUCUUUCGUUCUAAUCUUUACUGCUAAAGACGUAGACGUAAUUUGUGAAAAUUGAAUCUACACCGCGCGAAGAACAAAGUUGAGAAUAUUUUAUUAAAGAAACGCACAUCUCAUUGCUUGAGUAGUAAAGGGAAGAAGGAGCAAAUGAAUCGAUGCUUUGUCGAGCGAAUUAAAAGCGACCAAGAUAAGAAAAGUAUUUUGGGGAAUAAAAAUGCUUGACGUCUGUGAGAUGAGUUCUGUCCAAAUCGUGUUACUAUGUUUGAAGAGAUUUAUUUAUUCGCGAAGAAUGUCUUUGGAUGGAUUUCACGCGUCGACGAUCGUCGAUUUAGAUCGACGGGUCCUUCGUUGCUGGCACUAACAUUUUUUGGGGACGACUCCGAGCUUCUCUCCCGCCCACUUACCCUCUCAGCAGAGACACAUGUACAUUAAUUCUCGUUGUGUAAGCGUAUUUAAAAAAAGAAACGUGAAGAAAAAGUAUAAUGAUGAUUGUAUGUAUAUUUUGACAAUACUAUUCUUGGUACCGCCGAUUGAAGGGUCGAUAAAAAUUAUGUGAUCGCAUCCGUUUGUACAUUUAUGUAUCGUACUAUUUCGAUGUGAUCGUAGAUGUACCAUACCGACUUAAUAAGAUAAAAGAUACUAUUUCGAGAAUGAUCCGCGGCGAUCGUUUUUUCUAGUGGAAGAUGAUCUUAAAUGAAGAAGUGAUGACUGCCUAUUCGCAAUAAACUACACGGACUCUCGUUUAACGAUAAUCCUAAGUUCCGGAAACGAAGUAAUUCGUUGUUGAAUGGGAAAAGAAGAGUGAUUUUUGGAAACUUUAAUACCUGAUGUAUUAUACUUACCAGCAUGAAUCAUGAAAAGGAAAAUGCAAUACUGUGUAUGUGAUCGUGUUAUUCGCAAGAUAGUUUAAUGAUGAAAAUCGUUUGUUAAACGCAUAUCAUUUACAAUUGUAUUUGUUAAUCAUGUAUACGAAGUAAUACUUACUUACCCCCUUCACCAAAAAUUUCACUUCUGAUCGAAUUGUCCCUAAUACAGUAAUUUUUUAUUGAAAAAUUCUCGUUACUUAAACAAACUGUAGCACAAUUGUAAAUAUUUUUUUAUAAACAAUCAAUGGGAAAGAAAGAUUGAUUUAGAAAUUAAAUCGUCCCUCAUGUUUAAAAAGAAAAACCUCCCAUAGCAUUUUAUAUUUAUAUAGAUACGUCCUCGCGGAUCGUUUUGUUACUCCUUGUACAUUUUGUUUUCAUUUUUAUACUGCCGUUAAACUGUGUCCGAAGACAUUUAACGAACCGUGUACAAAGUUUAUUGUUAAUAUACUAAUAGUUAACGGUAAUAUUCAAGCACUAAGCGAUUGAUCUGUUUCGAAUCGUGCCAUUUUACCAAUGUUGUAUAUAAAAUUGUACCAUUGUACCAAUCGCGGCGUCGGAUCUCUAGAGUCAAUAUUAAUCGAUUUUGCUCGGAUAUGGCGGUAGCAAGUUUUUGCUGCCAGCUGACAAUAAUGACGAACCGAAAUCGCAAAAUGAUUUAUUAUACGAGUACGAAAAUUUAAAAGACACGAAUGCCACUAUAUUUCAUCGUUGGUUCGUCUGUAUAAAUAUUUUUCUGUCGAAUGUUUCUCGCUUGAAUAAUUUCAUCGAUUAAUCAACGAUGAAAUAAGUACUGCUAAUUUGCAUUUGAAAUAAAAUUUUGUAGAUGCUCCAGCAGACCUGUUGUACUGAAAGGAAAGGGAAACGAACGGUUUCGUUGUACGAUUAAAGAAAGACGCGUGUAGAAUAUGUGUACGACUUGAAUAGAAAUCUUUGAUUAUUUAACUAAAAAUAAUUUUAUUGUAAAAUACUGUAAUAACUGUAUGAAUAGUCCGUAAGUUCUAAUAAAACGAAACUUAAAAAUCUUC